CAGAACAUCAUUGCAGAGCAUGAGAUCCGGAACAUCUCGUGCGCAGCUCAAGAUCCAGAGGAUCUGUCGACGUUUGCCUACAUCACCAAAGACCUCAAGUCCAGUCACCACUACUGCCACGUCUUCACUGCUUUUGACGUGAACCUGGCGUAUGAGAUCAUCCUCACCCUGGGCCAGGCCUUCGAGGUGGCGUACCAGCUCGCCCUGCAGGCCAGAAAGACCGGCCACGGCUCGUCCACGCUGCCCGAGAGCUUUGACAGCAAGCCGAGCAAACCUGUGCCCAAACCACGCAUCAACAUUCGGAAAUCUGUAAGCAGCACCGACACACCAACAUGAGUGAAUGUUCUUUUUAGAUGGAUUUUUAAACCUUAUCCCGUCAUUUAUUUUUAACGUCUAAAUGCUCUUUU